UUAAGUAGCAGGUGUUUUAAAAACGGUGUUCAUUUCUUAGCCAGGCAGUACAGUAGCUCCCUCCGUCGCUCUCUCUCUCUCUCUCACACACACACACAAAACACUGCAAUGUCAGCCGCCAGCACUGAGACGAGCGCCCCGUUGCCUGCGGCCGCCAGCCGGGUGUUCUUCCAGCCGCUGGCCGGGGUAGGGUGCGCUGGGUCCGGACCCAUGCCGCGGGACGACCCGGUCCAGAGGAAGCAGGGGAAAGUGACGGUGAAAUACGACAGGAAGGAGCUGCGGAAGAGACUGAUCUUGGAGGAGUGGAUUAUUGAACAACUGAGCGAUCUGUACGACUGUGAGGAAGAGGAGAUGCCAGAGGUGGAGAUAGACAUCGAUGACCUGUUGGAAGUCAACAGCGAAGACGAGAGAGCCGUCAAACUACAGGAAUCCUUAAUGGACUGCUAUAAACCCACGGAGGUCUUUGUCAGUGAGUUGUUGGGGAGGAUAAGAGGAAUGAGGAAACUCACUGCUCCCACCAAGAAGGGUCUAUAAUGGAUGUCAACUCAACCGCAACUCAACCGCAACUCAACCGCAACUCAACCGCAACUCAACCGCAACUCAACCACAACUCAACCGCAACUCAACCGCAACUCAACCAUAACCAGAUUUGGACAAGUAUAGACAAUUCAAAAGUCAUCUCAACCGCAUCGAAUCUCUCCUGCAACUCAACUACGUGGACCGUCCAAUAGCUCAGUGACACCCCAUUAUUAUCCCUUAAAGGAAAGCUCCACCCCGCAAAAAAUAUGCUGGCGUUUGUUUCAUUAGUCCAUUGUUAAUACAGUCCAAAACAACUACACAGCUGAUUUAAAUAACUAACUCAUCAUCAAGCUUUGAUGAUUUAAAAUCAGCUGUGUAAUUCUAAAAACCUAACGGUGCAGCCUGGGUCCCAGGCCCGAGUUUGAGAAGCCCCCUCCUCUACUCCACAGACAUGACUGAAUAUGAUAAUACUCAGUAUUACACAACGGAACAGCCAUAAUACAACAUCACAACCCAAUCACAACACAUAACCCCUACAUAACCCCUACAUAACCACUAUAUAACCCCUACAUAACUACAUAACACAAUGCAACCCAAUCACAACACAUAACCCCUACAUAACCCCUACAUAACCACUAUAUAACCCCUACAUAACUACAUAACACAAUGCAACCCAAUCACAACACAUAACCACUACAUAACCACUACAUAACCACUACAUAACUACUACAUAACCACUACAUAACCCCUACAUAACCACUACAUAACCACUACAUAACCACUACAUAACACAAUACAACCCAAUCACAACACAUAACCACUACAUAACCCCUACAUAACCACUACAUAACCCCUACAUAACACAAUACAACCCAAUCACAACACAUAACCACCACAUAACCACUACAUAACCACUACAUAACCCCUACAUAACCCCUACAUAACCACUACAUAACCACUACAUACCCACCACAUAACGACUACAUAACCACUACAUAACCACCACAUAACCACUACAUAACCACUACAUAACACAAUACAACCCAAUCACAACACAUAACCACUACAUAACCACUACAUAACCCCUACAUAACCCCUACAUAACCACUACAUAACCACUACAUAACACAAUACAACCCAAUCACAACACAUAACCACUACAUAACCACUACAUAACCACUACAUAACCAACACAUAACCCCUACAUAACCCCUACAUAACCACUACAUAACCACUACAUAACCACUACAUAACACAAUGCAACCCAAUCACAAUACAUAACCACUACAUAACAUCACAUCAGGGGCUGACUGGCCAUCUGGCAUUUCGGGCAAAUGCCACAUGGGCUGGUCCCUUUUUAGCCUAGUGGGCAUGUCUAACCUAGGUUUUUUUUGUGCAAAAUGAGCGUUAUCUGGCUAAUAAUGGGGGAGCCUCAAGGAACAAAAUGGGCCGGUGUGUUAGACAUUUCUGGGCCGAUUUCUGGUCCCAGUCCGCCCCUGCAGCACAUGACAACCACAAUUACAACACAACUCAACACUUGAUAUCCAUUUCCCCUCUCUCUCCUCCCAUCCCCCACUGUACCCCAGCAGCCAUUAACUGACUACAGACUUUUAAUAUGUCCAGAGGGGUUUUAAAAUGUUUUUUCUUUUUGGAUAUUAUACUGAACAAAAAAAUCAACGCAACAUGUAAGAGUUGGUUCCAUGUUUCAUGAGCUGUUCCAUACGAGGGCCUCCCAAGUGGUGCAGCGGUCUAACUACAGCCCCGGGUUCGAUCCCAGGCUUUGUCACAGCCGACCGUGACCGGGAGACCCAUGAGGCGGUGCACAAUUGGCCCAGCAUCAUCCGGGUUAGGGGAGGGUUUGGCCCAGCAUC